AUGAAGACACGAGUGGCUCUCCUGGCUCUCUCCCUCCUUCAGGUCUGCUCCUCAGUCCCUGUCAGCCGCCCCGGCAACUGGCUCAGACAAUGUCGAGCCUCCUCAAACAUCUCUAUCACUGCACUGGAGGUGCUGCCCGGUGGGGGCUGGGACAACCUCCGGAACGUUGAUGUGGGUCGAGUCAUGAACCUGAGCUACUCCCAGUGCCAGACCACUGAGGAUGGGAUCUACCUCAUCCCAGACGAGGUGUUUGUCAUACCUCGUAAGGAGACGGGCCUGGAGACAAACUCGGAGAUAAUCAGCUCCUGGCUGGAGCAGAAGAGCUCUACAUCUAACUCCAUAAAUGCUGACAUAUCAUUCCUCAAGCUGCUGAAUGGCAAGUUUUCUAGAGAGAACCAAAGGAUGAAAACCCAUCAGGUUAAAGACUCUUCAACAACCGCCAGAGUGCAAGUAAGUUUUUGUUAAUCACAUUUCUUCAUUGACGGGACUUUUAACUAAGGCAGGAUGGAUUUAAAGUUCAUUAAAUGACCCAUUGUGAGUCAGAAGUUUCCAUUUUAGUUUUUGUUGGACCUGAAUAGAUCUUAAAAGGAAAAUACAGACAUAUUAGGCAAAGGAAUUUGUUUUGAAUUGAUUAUUGCAAGUGUUAAAACAUACAAUUGCAUAAUGAUAUCUUUUCCUUCAAAGGUUCGCAACUUGAUCUACACAGUCAGGGCUUACCCGGACUUCACUCUGGACACCCGCUUUGUUCAACAAGCUAAAGAGAUAGCUGAUGCCAUUGAGAACAACCAAACAAAAAACGCGCGCUAUCUGUCGGAGAGGAUGGUGCUUGACUAUGGAACCCACGUUAUCACUAGUGUUGACGCUGGAGCCAUUUUAGUUCAGGAAGACUACCUCCGCUCGUCCUACGUGUCGGACACUUCUUCAGACACUUCUACCAUCAAAGCACAGGCAGGGUUAAACUUCUUUGACAAACUUAAAUUUGACAUAAGCAGUCAAAGCACCCAACAGACAUCAACCCUUACAGGAUAUCAGUCCAAUAUCCAGUACUCUCUUAUCCAAAGCCAGGGUGGUGGCAUACCUUUCUACCCCGGCAUCACUCUGCAGAAGUGGCAGGAAAGUACGCGGAACAACUUGGUAGCGAUUGACCGGUCUGGGUUCCCCCUGCAUUAUUUUAUUAACACCAAGACCUUUCCUGAUCUGCCACAGCCCACCACUGGCAAGUUGGCUCUUUCAGUGAGUCAGGCCAUCGAGCGAUACUACAAAGUAAACUCCCGGCCUGGAUGUGUUGACGUUAACUCCCAGAACUUUAACUUCCAAGCCAACAUAGAUGAUUCAUCCUGUGACGGCCCCGCGACAAACCUCAGCUUUGGUGGUGUUUACCAAGAAUGUGUUCAGCUCAGCUCAGAUGCAGGUCCGCUGUGUGAUACUCUGGCACAGAAAAACCCUGAAACAGGUGACUUCUCCUGCCGGUCUCCGUACAACCCCACUUUACUGAGAUCAGAAAUGAGACAGCAGAGUUACACUACAUACGACUGCUAUGACCAAAGGUAUCGGUGUUGGGGUGUUUUUCAUUGCCAUCGUCGAGUAUGUCAGGACAACAAUCAUGUUCGCUCUGCCCGUGUCAACACCUACUGGUGCUCUGUGAAUGGACAGGCCCCAGACAACUCAGGGUAUCUGUUUGGAGGAAUUUACGGCCCCUCUCUUCUAAACCCCCUAACCAAUUCAAGAAGCUGUCCACAAAACUUCAUCCCACUAAAAUUCCUCUCAGAUGGACAACAAAUCUGUGUGAGCAGGGACUAUGAGACUGGCACCAGGUUCUCCGUACCAUUUGGGGGCCUAUUCAGUUGUCAAUCAGGCAACCCACUAUCAGGUUCCAAACACCGCUGCCCUCCCAGGUUCAGCCAACACCUUGCUUCAGUGAGUGACGGCUGUGAAAUCCUUUACUGUGUCCAGUCAGGGCUCUUCACAGGUGGAGAACUGCUCCCCAUUCGCCUGCCUCCUUUCAGUAAACCCUCACUUGUCAGCAUGCAGGCCACAAACACAGUAGUGGUGAUGACUGAGGGAGAUCAGAGCUGGGUCAGAGUAGGGCAGACCAAGGCGUGGAAACUGGCCAAACCAGAGGAAAUCCAGAAAAUAGUGCAGGAAAUGAACCCAGAGCAGAUGUCUAGUGGAGAGAAGGCUGGGGUAGCCUUUGGGGUGAUUGGUAUGAUGGUGCUGGUAGUGGUUGGUGUUGUCCUGUUGAAGAGAAGGAAGAAGCUGUCCGGGAUAGCAAGAGGCUAUGAGGAGAUCCGUGACGAGGCUAAUCCUGAUGAUGGAGAAACAGUGAUUCAACAAGAAGAGGCCUGA